GAUAUAAGAAAUGAAAAUUGAGCUAAUAUGCAUUCCUUCUCCCUCGAUCAGUCAUCUCAUGGCGACGGUAGAGAUGGCGGAGCGACUAGUUGAUCUAAACGACCACCUCUCUAUCACCGUAAUCAUCAUAUCUUUCAAUUCUAAAAGCACCUCGAUGAUCGCCUCUCUCACCGCUGCAUCCAAUAAACGAAUCCGCUACGAAAUAAUCUCUCGAGGAGAUCAACAACCCACAGAGCUCAAAGCGACUGAUUCCCACAUCCAAAGUCUAAAGCCACUGGUGAGAGAUGCGGUUGCGAAACUCAUAGAUCCGACUCGACCAGACUUGCCUCGUCUUGCGGGAUUCGUAGUCGACAUGUACUGCACGUCGAUGAUCGAUGUCGCUGACGAAUUUGGAGUCCCUAGUUACUUGUUUUACACCUCCAACGCUGGAUUCCUUGGACUUUUGCUUCACAUUCAAUUCAUGUACGACUUAGAGUCAGAGGAUACCUAUGACAUGAGCGGAUUAGAAGACUCGGACGCAGAGUUGGUGGUUCCGAGUUUGAUUAGUCCUUAUCCGUUGAAAUGUCUUCCUUACAUUUUCAAAUCAAAAGAGUGGCUCACUUUUUUUGUAACUCAAGCGAGAAGAUUCAGAGAGACUAAGGGCAUUUUGGUAAAUACGGUUCCUGACUUGGAGCCUCAAGCGUUGAAGUUUCUCUCCAAUGGUAACACUCCACGAGCUUACCCAGCAGGACCACUGUUGCAUCUCAAAAACGAUGCUUGUGAUGAUUCCGUGGACGACAAGCAAUCGGAGAUUUUACAGUGGUUGGACGAGCAACCGCCUAGAUCGGUAGUGUUCCUCUGCUUCGGGAGCAUGGGAGGUUUCAGUGAGGAACAAGCAAGAGAGAUUGCUGUAGCUUUGGAUCGAAGUGGCCACCGGUUUCUAUGGUCUCUCCGCCGUGCAUCUCCGAAUAUAAUGAAAGAGCCUCCCGGAGAAUUCACUAACCUAGACGAGAUUCUCCCGGAAGGGUUUCUUGAUCGGACGGAGGAGAGGGGAAAGAAGUUUAACGCUUUUGAGAUGGUGGAGGAGCUUGGCUUGGCGGUGGAGAUCAAGAAUCACUGGCGAGGAGAUCUUUUGUUGGGGAGGUCGGAGAUGGAGAUUGUGACGGCGGAGGAGAUAGAGAGAGGACUCAUGUGUUUGAUGGAACAAGAUAGUGACGUGAGGAAGAGAGUGAAUGAGAUCAGCGAGAAAUGCCACGUGGCUUUAAUGGAUGGUGGAUCCUCUGAAAUUGCUUUGAAAGAAUUUAUUCAAGACGUAACGGAGAAUUGUAAUUUCUAACGUUUUGGGAUUAUGUUGUAUAAUAGGCCCGAAUACAUGGCUUAUAAUGGG